AUGGCUCCUUCUGCCUUCCUCCUCAGCGAAGUGGCCUUUACACUCGUCCUCGUGAGUUUGGUGGGAGUUGUAUUCUACAACCUCUUCUUCCACCCUCUUCGUCGAUACCCCGGGCCAAAGUUGUGGGCAAUCAGCAAUAUUCCCUGGAAUUACUACAAUCUCCGUCUAUGUUUGCCGUUUAAAAUCCACGAGCUUCAUCAGAGAUAUGGUCCUGUUGUUCGAAUCGGUCCCAAUCAACUCUCGUACAACUCGGGGGCGGCAUGGAAGGAAAUUUAUUUUGGCACCGGUACCCACGAGUACCUGAAGGACUUGCACCGAGGAUUUGGCAUUCCGCAAGACCCAAACCCUAAGGAAUGGCCCAUGACAGUCUCAGAUACACCCAGGCACCGACGGAUCAGACGAGCCCUCUUGCCUGCGUUCUCGGAGCGCGCGCUGCGUGAUCAGUCUCCUCUACUCAACUCAUACCUUGACAUUCUCAUCUUGAGACUUCGAGAGCGCGCCGGGAAGGCACCUGAGGAUAUCAUCACCUGGGUCAACCGCUUCACCGUUGAUGCCCUGGGUCAUUUCUGUUUCGGACAGUCGUUCAACGCGCUGCAGGAUUCAAAGACCCCAGACUUGGUCAAUGUUCUGAUAGACUCUGUCGCAUACAUUCCAGUCUCCCAAUUUGCCCAGCAGUAUCGUUUGCAGAGAUUGCUGGCUGUUUUUACUCCUGCUGGCGCCGUUAACACAAUGGAGGCGUUCAAUCAGCAUGCGACCGAACAGGUUACACGAGUCGUCGAGCAAAUGAAGUCGGGGGUAGCAUCAUCUGGCUUGUUCUUUAGCUACGUCAUGGAAGACAAGGAGGCAAAAUCCAAGAUCUCCCAUGAAGAGACUACAACGUCAGCGAUCUCCGGAUCCCUCUACUAUCUCUGCAUGAACCCCUCGACGUACAAAAAGGCAGCCGAAGAAAUCAGGUCGACCUUCUCCUCCGAGGACCAAAUGACCAAUGAGGCUGUCGCGGCGCUUCCAUACACGAAUGCUGUCUUGAAGGAGACAUUCAGAAUAUACGUGCCCACUCCCGGGACGAUCCCUCGUGUCACUCCGGCCGAGGGCGCUCAAAUUCUCGGUCAGUACGUACCAGGCAAGACCCUGAUCGGGGUUGCUCCCUACUCUUGCACCCGCUCGCCGGCGAAUUUCCACAACCCGGAUCAAUUUGUGCCUGAGCGCUGGCUGGCGAGCCAGCUUGGCUCACCGGAGUAUGAGCCCUACUUGAACGACAAUCUGGAAGCUUCGCAACCGUUUUCGUACGGACCGCGCAGUUGUCUCGGAAAGCCGCUGUUGUGGAAUUUUGACUUCGAGAUCGCUCCCGAGUCCAAGGAUUGGAUGAAAGCGCAUCGCCCAACAGUUGCUUGGGUCAAGCCACAACUGAUGCUGAAUAUCACGCCCGUGCCGCGGUAG